AUGUCAAUCUUGGACAAUCGAAGACACCCGCCAUGUCAAUCUUGGACAAUCGAAGACACCCGCCAUGUCAAUCUUGGACAAUCGAAGACACCCGCCAUGUCAAUCUUGGACAAUCGAAGACACCCGCCAUGUCAAUCUUGGACAAUCGAAGACACCCGUCAUGUCAAUCUUGGACAAUCGAAGACACCCGCCAUGUCAAUCUUGGACAAUCGAAGACACCCGUCAUGUCAAUUUUGGACAAUCGGAGACACCCGCUAUGUCAAUCUUGGACAAUCGAAGACACCCGCCAUGUCAAUCUUGGACAAUCGAAGACACCCGCCAUGUCAAUCUUGGACAAUCGAAGACACCCGCCAUGUCAAUCAUGGACAAUCGAAGACACUCGUCAUGUCAAUCUUGGUUAAUCGAAGACACCCGCCAUGCCAAUCUUGGACAAUCGAAGACACCCGUCAUGUCAAUCUUGGACAAUCGAAGACACCCGCCAUGUCAAUCUUGGACAAUCGAAGACACCCGUCAUGUCAAUUUUGGACAAUCGGAGACACCCACUAUGUCAAUCUUGGACAAUCGAAGACACCCGCCAUGUCAAUCUUAGACAAUCGAAGACACCCGUCAUGUCAAUUUUGGACAAUCGGAGACACCCGCUAUGUCAAUCUUGGACAAUCGAAGACACCCGCCAUGUCAAUCUUGGACAAUCGAAGACACCCGCCAUGUCAAUCUUGGACAAUCGAAGACACCCGCCAUGUCAAUCUUGGACAAUCGAAGACACCCGCCAUGUCAAUCUUGGACAAUCGAAGACACCCGUCAUGUCAAUUUUGGACAAUCGGAGACACCCACUAUGUCAAUCUUGGACAAUCGAAGACACCCGCCAUGUCAAUCUUAGACAAUCGAAGACACCCGUCAUGUCAAUUUUGGACAAUCGGAGACACCCGCUAUGUCAAUCUUGGACAAUCGAAGACACCCGCCAUGUCAAUCUUGGACAAUCGAAGACACCCGCCAUGUCAAUCUUGGACAAUCGAAGACACCCGCCAUGUCAAUCUUGGACAAUCGAAGACACCCGCCAUGUCAAUCUUGGACAAUCGAAGACACCCGUCAUGUCAAUUUUGGACAAUCGGAGACACCCACUAUGUCAAUCUUGGACAAUCGAAGACACCCGCCAUGUCAAUCUUAGACAAUCGAAGUAAGAAACGUAGACGUAAAAACCUCCCCACGAUUUUCAUGAACCUUCAUAUCUCGAAACUCUGUGUUGUCAAGAUAGACUUAUCAGGUGGUCUAGCGGUCAAUACAGGGUGGUCAAGUGAUCAGGAUAAGGGCGGUCAAGUCAGGCGAUGUCAGGUGGUUAAGUGGUCAAGCGAUUAA